AUGCGCUGCAGUUGCAGAUUUGAGUGCAUAGCUACAUUGUCUUCCGUUUUCAUCCUUGUAGAUCCUUCAUCGUCCUUUGUCACACUACUUGAUGUGUUGACCUGCUUUUUCCCCUCCAACUCCUUGUACUAUUUAACAUAGAAGACAUGAUCCACAGCCACUCGUGGCCCAAAUUAAGAGCAACCCCACAAUGCAAGAUGUCUUGUAGCGUCUUUGAAGUGAAAGAGGAGCUGCUGCUGCUGCAAGAUGUUGCUUAUAAGUGCGUAACAACGACCUCGAGCUG